UCAUCUGACCUAAUGGCUCACCAGCGAGUUCACACCGGGGAGAGUCCGUUCACCUGCUCAGACUGUGGGAAAGGAUUCACUUGGUCAUCUAACCUAAAGAAACAUCAGCGAGUUCACACUGGAGAGAGGCCAUACACCUGCUCAGACUGUGGGAAAGGAUUCACUUCCUCAGAUAAACUGAAGAUACAUCAGCGGGUUCACACUGGGGAGAGGCCGUUCAUCUGCUCAAUCUGUGGGAAGGGAUUCACUCAGUCAUCUAAACUGAAGGAACAUCAGCGAGUUCACACUGGUGAGAAACUGUUCAUCUGCUCAGACUGUGGGAAGGGAUUCACUCGGUCAUCCAACCUGCUGGCACACAAGUCAGUUCACACUGGGGAGAGGCCUUUCACCUGUUCAAACUGUGGGAAGGGAUUCUCUUUGUCAUCCCAACUGAAGGGACAUCACCGAGCUCACACUGGAGUUUGGCCAUUCAUCUGCUCAGACUGUGGGAAAGGAUUCACUAAGUUAUCAAAACUGGAGGUACAUCAGCGAGUUCACACUGGAGAGAGGCCAUUCACCUGCUCAGACUGUGGGAGGGGAUUCACUCAGUCAUCUAUUCUGAAGUUACAUCAGCGAGUUCACACUGGGGAGCGGCCGUUCACCUGCUCAGACUGUGGGAGGGGAUUCACUUGCUUAUCUAAUCUGAAAGGACAUCAGAGAGUUCACACUGGUGAGAGGCCAUUCACAUGCUCAGACUGUGGGAAGGGAUUCAUUCUGUCACACGAACUACUGGUACACAAGUCAGUUCACACUGGGGAGUGGCCGUUCACUUGCUCAGACUGUGGUAAGGGAUCCUCUCAGUCAUCCCAACUGAAGGUACAUCAGCAAGUUCACACUGGAGAGAGGCCAUUCACCUGCUCAGACUGUGGUAAGGGAUUCACUUGCUCAUCUGAACUGAAGGUACAUCAGCGAGUUCACACUGGGGAGCGGCCGUUCACCUGCUCAGACUGUGGGAAGGGAUUCACUUGCUCAUCUGAACUGAAGGUACAUCAGCGAGUUCACACUGGGGAGAGGCCGUUCACCUGCUUAGACUGUGGGAAGGGAUUCACUCAGUCAUCGCAUCUGAAGGUACAUCAGCGAGUUCACACUGGAGAGAGGCCGUUCACCUGCUCAGACUGUGGGAAGGGAUUCACUUGUUCAUCCCAACUGAAGGUACAUCAGCGAAUUCACACUGGGGAGAGGCCGUUCACCUGCUUAGACUGUGGGAAGGGAUUCACUCGGUCAUCUCAACUACAGAGACAACAGCGAGUUCACACUGAGUAGAGGCCGAUCAACUGGUCAGUCUUUGGGAAAAGUUUCUCUCAGCCAAAUCAACCAAAAUGUGCAUCAGCGAGUUCACACUGCGGAGUGGCCGUUCACCUGCGGUGAAUGUGGGAAGUGAUUCACUAAGUAAUCUAAGCUUAUGUAACUCUCGCUUUAGCUAGCAGCUUGAUAUAGCUUAAUUUGCCCCGGGCCCCAGCCCGGCCAAACUUAAGA